AGUCCCGUGCCUCGGACGUACUUUAAAUACCCCUUCCCGCGCCGCGCGUUGCCUCAAAAAAUGUACACUUUUUGCGUUAGUGGAGACAUACAGAAAUUCCGGGAGGCUCUUGACUCGUCACGCUCUUUUUCGGAUGAAUUCGACAUAUGCGAAUUGUCUGGUAUUAUGAUCGAAGCCAUCAAACGAAAAAGCUCUCAAUUCAUCAAGGAGCUCCUUCGUCGCGGCAUGCCCGUGGAUCCACUAUAUGCCUUUGAAGCAAUAAAAGUGAAGGCAAAGGAUGCCCUAGAAGCAUUCCUUGAUAAUGGGUGGGAUAUUAAUCAGCCGAUUAGCGAGCUUAAACCUCCGCUACUAGAAUAUGCUGUUGCUGAUGAGGAAAUGACAGCUUGGCUUCUUGAUCAUGAAGCUGAUCCUAAUCGACAAUGUGUUAUUGAUCUCACACCACUCUCCCUUGCUGUCGAAAGCGCACCCAUUUCCGUCAUUCAUCUCAUACUCAGUCAUGGCGGAAAUGUUCAAAAAGGCCAACUUCUCCAUCAUGCCAUCGAAAGGCCAUCAGAUGCUAUCGAAGUUCUGAAGCUUCCAAUAGAGAAAGGCGCACCCAUCAAUGCAACCGUUCACGAAGACUACCCAUCUUGGGCGUUAUUCCAAUUUAUGGGUCUCGGAACACCCCUGCACAGAGCAUCUAAACUAGAAAGAGUUGAUGUAGUUCGCUAUUUGCUCAGCAAAGGAGCCAACCAGGAUAUUAAAUAUACAAAAGGUCAUAUACCUUUGGAGUGUGCGCAAAUGUCGAAUCACUUGGAAGUCAUUCAGGAAUUAGAGAAGUGGAAGUAA